GUAUUAAACCCUAACCCAGUAUAUUAAACCCUAACCCAGUGUAUUAAACCCUAACCCAGUGUAUUAAACCCUAACCCAGUGUAUUAAACCUUAACCCAGUGUGUUAAACUAUAACCCUGCUCUCUCUCUCUCCCCCUAGUGGCCCUGUAUGCCAUCAGCGCUGUCUACUUUGCUGGAGUGAUGGUCCGUCUGAUGUUGACCCUGACCCCCGUAGUGUGCAUGCUGUCAGCUAUAGCCUUCUCCAGCGUGUUUGAACACUACCUAGGGGACGACAUGAAGAGGGAGAGUCCUCCCAUAGAGGACAGUAGUGAUGAGGAUGACAAGAAGAACUCUGGAAACCUCUAUGAUAAGGCUGGGAGGGUCCGUAAGCACGUCUCAGAGCAGGAGAAGACAGAGGAAGGUCUGGGACCCAACAUUAAGAGUAUCGUCACCAUGUUGAUGCUGAUGCUGCUCAUGAUGUUCGCUGUCCACUGCACCUGGGUUACCAGUAACGCCUACUCCAGCCCUAGUGUUGUACUGGCCUCUUAUAACAACGAUGGGUCGAGGAAUAUUCUAGAUGAUUUCCGCGAGGCCUACUAUUGGCUAAGGCAGAACACAGAGGAGCAGGCCAGAGUGAUGUCGUGGUGGGACUACGGCUAUCAGAUAGCAGGGAUGGCCAAUCGGACCACGCUAGUGGACAACAACACCUGGAACAACAGUCAUAUAGCGCUGGUGGGCAAGGCCAUGUCGUCCAAUGAGAGUGCAGCGUAUGAGAUCAUGAAGUCUUUGGACGUGGACUACGUGCUUAUUAUCUUCGGAGGUGUGAUUGGCUACUCUGGUGAUGACAUCAACAAGUUCCUGUGGAUGGUGCGGAUCGCAGAGGGAGAGCAUCCCAAAGAGAUCAGGGUGAGGAGGACUUUAGUGUAGUGGUGAGGUGAUGCUUCCACUGUUAGCUACAGAGAGAGAGAGCAUCCCAAAGAGAUCAGGGUGAGGAGGACUUUAGUGUAGUGGUGAGGUGAUGCUUCCACUGUUAGCUACAGAGAGAGAGAGCAUCCCAAAGAGAUCAGGGUGAGGAGGACUUUAGUGUAGUGGUGAGGUGAUGCUUCCACUGUUAGCUACAGAGAGAUAGAGCAUCCCAAAGAGAUCAGGGUGAGGAGGACUUUAGUGUCGUGGUGAGGUGAUGCUUCCACUGUUAGCUACAGAGGGAGAGCAUCCCAAAGAGAUCAGGGUGAGGAGGACUUUAGUGUCGUGGUGAGGUGAUGCUUCCACUGUUAGCUACAGAGGGAGAGCAUCCCAAAGAGAUCAGGGUGAGAGACAGCAGCCUUUAAACCAUCAUGUUUUAAAAAAAACACAAGUAUUGGUGAGCUGUAACUACCACUGAGAGCUAUAGAAGCAUCGCAGAGUGAGGUAAACUGAGAGCUAUAGAAGGAUCGCAGGGUGAGGUAAACUGUGAGGUAUAUAAGGAUCGCAGAGUGAGGUGAGGUAAACUGAGAGCUAUAGAAGGAUGGCAGGGUGAGGUAAACUGUGAGGUAUAGAAGGAUCGAGGGGUGAGGUAGACUGAGCUAUAUAAAGAUCGAAGGGUGAGGUAAACUGAGCUAUAGAAGGAUCGCAGGGUGAGGUGAGGUAAACUGAGUUUUAGAAGGAUCACAGGGUGAGGUAAACUGAGAGCUAUAGAAGCAUCGCAGGGUGAGGUAAACUGAGCUCUAGAAGGAUCGCAGGGGGAGGUGAGGUAAACUGAGCUUUAGAAGGAUCGCAGAGUGAGGUAAACUGAGAGCUAUAGAAGCAUCGCAGGGUGAGGUGAGGUAAACAGAGCUAUAGAAGGAUUGCAGAGUGAGGUGAGGUAAACUGAGAGCUAUAGAAGGAUCGCAGAGUGAGGUGAGGUAAACUGAGAGCUAUAGAAGGAUUGCAGAGUGAGGUGAGGUAAACUGAGAGCUAUAGAAGGAUCGCAGGGUGAGGUAAACUGAGCUCUAGAAGGAUCGCAGGGGGAGGUGAGGUAAACUGAGCUUUAGAAGGAUCGCAGAGUGAGGUGAGGUAAACUGAGAGCUAUAGAAGGAUUGCAGAGUGAGGUGAGGUAAACUGAGAGCUAUAGAAGGAUCGCAGGGUGAGGUAAACUGAGAGCUAUAGAAGGAUCGUAGGGUGAGAUGAGGUAAACUGAGAGCUAUAGAAGGAUCGCAGGGUGAGGUAAACUGAGAGCUAUAGAAGGAUCGCAGGGUGAGGUAAACUGAGAGCUAUAGAAGGAUCGCAGGGUGAGGUAAACAGAGCUAUAUAAGGAUCGCAGAGUGAGGUGAGGUAAACUGAGAGCUAUAGAAGGAUCGCAGGGUGAGGUAAACUGUGAGGUAUAUAAGGAUCGCAGGGUGAGGUGAGGUAAACUGAGAGCUAUAGAAGGAUCGCAGGGUGAGGUAAACUGAGCUAUAGAAGGAUUGCAGGGUGAGGUGAGGUAAAUAGAGCUAUAUAAGGAUCGCAGUGAGGUGAGGUAAACUGAGAGCUAUAGAAGGAUCGCAGAGUGAGGUAAACUGAAAGCUAUAUAAGCAUUGCAGAGUAAGGUGAGGUAAACUGAGAGCUAUAUAAGCAUUGCAGAGUGAGGUAAACUGUGAGCUAUAGAAGGAUCGCAGGGUGAGGUGAGGUAAACUGAGCUCUAGAAGGAUCACAGGGUGAGGUAAACUGAGCUCUAGAAGGAUCGCAGGGUGAGGUGAGGUAAACUGAGCUCUAGAAGGACCGCAGGGUGAGGUGAGGUAAACUGAGCUCUAUAAGGAUCGCAGGGUGAGGUGAGGUAAACUGAGCUCUAGAAGGAUCGCAGGGUGAGGUGAGGUAAACUGAGCUCUAGAAGGAUCACAGGGUGAGGUGAGGUAAACUGAGCUCUAGAAGGAUCGCAGGGUGAGGUGAGGUAAACUGAGCUCUAGAAGGAUCGCAGGGUGAGGUGAGGUAAACUGAGCUCUAGAAGGAUCACAGGGUGAGGUGAGGUAAACUGAGCUCUAGAAGGAUCGCAGGGUGAGGUGAGGUAAACUGAGCUCUAGAAGGAUCGCAGGGUGAGGUGAGGUAAACUGAGCUCUAGAAGGAUCGCAGGGUGAGGUGAGGUAAACUGAGCUCUAGAAGGAUCACAGGGUGAGGUGAGGUAAACUGAGCUCUAGAAGGAUCGCAGGGCAGGGUGAGGUAAACUGAGCUCUAGAAGGAUCGCAGGGUGAGGUGAGGUAAACUGAGAGCUAUAGAAGGAUUGCAGGACAGGGUGAGGUGAGGUUAUACCAACUACUUGGAAAGUUGGCCACCUACAUAUGAUGUGAAGUCAUAGAAUAUGAUUCCAUUUCUAUGGCUGUCUUCUUGUCAGUAGCUUUGUCCAGAUGUAGUGCAUAAAGACCAUGUUAAAUACCUUGUCUUCUUGUCAGUAGCUUUGUCCCGAUGUAGUGCAUAAAGACCAUGUUAAAUACCUUGUCUUCUUGUCAGUAGCUUUGUCCCGAUGUAGUGCAUAAAGACCAUGUUAAAUACCUUGUCUUCUUGUCAGUAGCUUUGUCCCGAUGUAGUGCAUAAAGACCAUGUUAAAUACCUUGUCUUCUUGUCAGUAGCUUUGUCCCGAUGUCGUGCAUAAAGACCAUGUUAAAUACCUUGUCUUCUUGUCAGUAGCUUUGUCCCGAUGUAGUGCAUAAAGACCAUGUUAAAUA